GCAGGUUGUCAGACUGAUAUCAAUGACAUCAAAGAUGAUAAAAUUGAGAAUACAUGUGACAUGACUGUUGAGCAGGAAGAGAUAGAUGACGAGGUGGAACAAGUUCUGAGAGAGGAUGGUGAAUACUCCAUUGAUGAAGAGCCCAACAUGUGUGACCCCAAAAUUGAUGAAAGAUACUCAUAUGAUCCAUCUGAUGGGAAUGAUACAGCUGGAGAAGGAAAUUCAUUUAGUUCAAGAUUGAAAACCGAAGGAAAAGACCUAAGAGAGCAACCUAAAUUGAUYGUUUUCUUGUCCCACCUGAUGAUGCUAUUUAAAUUCUGUCAUCUUUGCCAAAGUCCAGAUCCAUCUGUGAGCACAUCACAGACUGGCACUAUGAUAACUGUAACAACAAAAUGCCAAAAAUGUGAAAACAUAUACACAUGGUCAAGCCAACCAAUGCUACUUGGGAGAUUCCCAGCUUUUAACCUUCUUUUGAGCUUUGGAAUUCUUUGUGCUGGUGCAUCAGUAAAAAAAGUGCUUCUGGUGUUACGCCAUAUCAAUGUGUUGAUUUAUAAUGAAUCAACAUACUAUUACCACCAAAAGCAUUUACUGAUCCCUUCCAUAAUUUAUCACUGGAGAAAAUACCAAACUAAGCUUCUAGAUCAAGUUGAUGGUCAAGAAGUGGCAUUGGCAGGUGACGGCAGACACGAUUCCAUGGGCCAUUCUGCCAAGUAUUGCACAUACACAAUAUUUUGUUGCACUAUUGGUCUCAUCAUGAACAUAACCCAAGUACAGAGAUGAGGUUUAUGGCUAUAUUAUAGUUCCUAUUGGCCACAGGAAUGGUCAUUAAGG